AGCUCUGCCUCUGCAACUUGACUCUUGUCUAGGAAGAGCACUCAGCAGACCAAGAAUAUGGCCCCAGGGCUCCUGACAACCAGGGAUGAGGCACUAAUGGCCUUCAAGGAUGUGGCUGUGGCCUUCACCCAGAAGGAGUGGAAGCUACUGAGUCCUGCUCAGAGGACCCUGUAUCGGGAUGUAAUGCUGGAGAACUACAGCCAUAUGGUGUCGCUGGGAAUCGCCUUUCCUAAACCAAAACUCAUCAUACAACUGGAGCAAGGGGACGAGCCCUGGAGAGAGGAGAGUGAAAGUCUUCUGGACCUUUGUCCAGAACCAAGAACAGAAUUCCAGCCCCAUCUCUCCUGCCCAGUGAGUUUUUCCAGUCCACAGUUCCUCCAUCAAUAUGUGCUCUGCGGUCACUUCCCUCAGAUCUUCCCAGGUUCAUCUGCAGGAAGCCACUUCCUACUAGAAGCUCCAAGCUGCUCGAGUAACAAAGCAGAAGAUGGAGAGAGAGAAGGCUCUUGCACUGUGUUUGGGAGGCCGCGGCUGAGCGGGACUUCAAGGGCAUUCUUCAGCCCAUCUCAAGGUCAGCCAGUAGACCAGGAAGGCAACAGUGGUGGAGGAAUAGAUCAGGGGGUGAUCCCUGAGGAGACAGAUGCAAUGUUGACAGGGACAGACAUCUCAGAAUCUGGAGCAGUCAUAUGUGAAAAAUACAGACUAGGACUUAGCACAAAGUCAAGCCUCUUUAGCCUCCAGAAGCUUCAUGUGUGCCCUGAAUGUGGCAGAAGCUUCUACCAGAGGUCAGACCUCAUCAAGCACCAGAGGACACACACGGGGGAGAAGCCCUAUAGUUGUAGGGAGUGUGGGCGAGGCUUUGGCCGGAAGUCCUCCCUCACCAUACACCAGAGGAAACACUCAGGGGAGAAGCCCUACAUGUGUAGGGAGUGUGGGCGACACUUCAGGUAUACAUCCUCCCUAACUAACCAUAAGAGGAUACACUCUGGGGAGAGACCCUUUGUAUGUCAGGAGUGUGGGCGAGGCUUUCGCCAGAAGAUUGCCCUCAUCCUGCACCAGAGGACACACUUGGAGGAGAAGCCUUUUGUGUGUCCAGAGUGUGGAAGAGGCUUUUGCCAGAAGGCAUCACUCCUCCAACACCGUAGCUCACAUUCGGCUGAGAGGCCCUUCUUGUGCCUUGAGUGUGGGCGUGGCUUCAGGCAGCAGUCGCUGCUCCUCAGUCAUCAGGUCACACACUCAGGGGAGAAGCCUUAUGUUUGUGCCGAGUGUGGGCACAGCUUUCGCCAAAAGGUCACUCUCAUCAGACACCAGAGAACACACACAGGGGAGAAGCCUUACAUGUGCUCUGAGUGUGGGCGUGGCUUUAGCCAGAAAGUCUCCCUCAUGGGCCACCAGCGGACACACACGGGUGAGAAGCCUUAUGUGUGCCCUGAGUGUGGGCGUGGUUUUGGUCAGAAGGUCACCCUCAUCAGACACCAGAGGACGCAUACUGGGGAGAAGCCUUAUCUGUGCUCUGAGUGUGGACGUACCUUUGGCUUCAAGUCACUCCUCACCAGACACCAGAGGACACAUUCAGGGGAGGAGGCUGAUGUGUACGGAGUAUGUGAGCAAAGACUUGGUCAGAAGACCCACCUCACCUCUGACCAGAGGACAUACUCAGGAGAAAAGCCGUGUGUCUGUGAUGAGUGUGGACGUGGCUUUGGCUUCAAGUCAGCCCUCAUCAGACAUCAGCGGACCCAUUCAGGAGAGAAGCCAUAUGUGUGCAGGGAGUGCGGUCGUGGCUUUAGCCAGAAGUCUCACCUCCACAGACAUAAGAGGACCAAGUCUGGCCAUCACCUCCUGCCACAAGAGCUGUUCUCUUGA